AUGAACACAGUGCACGCGCAGAAAGAGAAUGUGGACUCGAACGCCAGCAGUGAUGUGAGCAAGUUGAAGACUGCUGGCCAGGACAACUUCCGGACUCCGCGACGUGCGUUUGUGGUCCACGACGACUCCGCGUUCGCUGGAAAGAAGGGGCUGCAAGAGCGGUCAUCCAGUAAGAGCAGACGUGUGCUGGACGACAUCUCGAACAAACGACAGGAUUAUCAGACAUAUCAUUUCUCCGGUGGAAGUGCGUCGGCGAAAAAGAAUGCACCAGCGAAAGAUCCGGGAAAGCCAACGAAACGUGAGAGCAGUAAGAAGGCGAAAACCCCACUGCAAACGAAGGCCAAGACCCCACUGCAAACGAAGGCCAAGACCCCAGUGCAAACGAAGGCCAAGACUCCAUUGAAAACGAAGGGCGUCACGCCGCUUAAGCUGAAGACAGAGACUAAGCCACCGCGUGCGGACGAAGCGCCGGAAAUUGAGGUUGCAUACGGCGGUGUGUCGCCAUUUAAGUCAGGGUUGGCGUACUCGAAGGACGUGCACGAUGAGAUCAUACGCGACAUCAUCAACGACAAGACCCCGACUCUGUUUGAUGACUUUGAUGCUGCGCCAGACAUUGAUGACUGGAGCGAUGAGCGAGCAAUGCUGGAAAGUGGAGAGCCCUCUUCUUCAUGGUGGUCAAAGGAGCAGGAGGACGAUGAGUUGCAAGGAGAGAUCGACGAACAAUACCCUGCGCUUGAUGACGUACCGCCACCGGACGAUUUUUCUGACGUAUCUCCUGACGCCUUUGACGCGGACAAACAAUUGCUUGAAGAUCUUCUCAGUGCGGAUGUUGAAGCAUGCACUGGCUAA